AUGGCAGACUUACCUAGAGACCGUUUAGAGACCGGGCCACCAUUCACAUUUGUUGGAUUCGACACCUUUGGACCCUGGCCUAUUGUUUACAGGAAGACACGAGGCAUGCAAAGAAACCAUAACCGCUGGGCCAUUCUAUUCACAUGUAUGGUGUCCAGAGCUGUCCACGUCGAACUCAUUGAGGAGUUAAGCAGUCCUUCCUUCAUCAAUGCUCUUCGCAGAUUUAUGGCCAUUCGUGGACCUGUUAAACAAUUCAGGUCGGACAGAGGCACCAAUUUUGUUGGUGGUGUGAAAGAGCUAGAGUUGGAUGCCCAAUUUAUUGAGAAGGGCCCUGUAGCCAAUUACUUGAAGAAUAACAGAAUUUCUUGGAUCUUCAACCCACCCCAUGCCUCGCACUUCGGAGGAGUUUGGGAACGUAUGAUUGGUUGUUGUAGACGGAUCCUAGAUGCCUUGUUACUACAAAACAAACAUGAUCUAACACACGAAGUCCUAUCAACUUUUAUGCUUGAAGUUUGUGCCAUUCUAAAUGCACGACCUUUAGUGCCAGUAUCAACGGACCCAAAUAAACCAGAGGUAUUAUCACCUUGUCAGCUGCUUACUCAAAAGAAUCCUUUGGAUGAUUUUGACCUACCGAGCUGCGACAAGAAAGAUGCUAUCAAAAACCAGUGGAAGAGAGUACAGUAUCUUGCCGACAACUUUUGGACCCGCUGGCGCUCGGAGUAUCUUCACCUUCUUCAGACCCGACCAAAAUGGGAAUCGCCAGGAAUCCACUUCAAUAAAGGUGACAUUGUGCUUCUGAAAGACAGUGAAUCCCCCAGAAACCAUUGGCCGAUGGGAGUAAUCGAAGAAGCCUUCAAAAGCGAAGAUGAACUCGUUCGCAAGGUCAAAGUGCGGGUAAUGCGAGGGGAUACGUCCACUUCCUAUGUACGUCCGAUCACCCAACUUGUGAAGCUCCUUGAGGUUAAGUGA